AUCAUGGAAUCAGAAAUUUUACAAUUUCAGACUAAUCAACAACAUGUGAUUACUAGUGUAAAGGAAUUAUUAGACAGGAACCCCGAGAACAGUGAACUGCACAGAACUCUGGACGGUCUUUUCCGACAAGCAAUGAACCGUUCUAAAUUACAGUCCGUAGAACGUGAUGUAAACAAUAGAAAUCGUACACGUACUUUAAAUGAAUUCGAUACCGCGAAUAGGGGGAAUAACACUAAAAGAAACCGCAUGAAUCGAAAGAAAAUAAUGGCUUAUUUUCCGCACCAGCACCGGCUGUCGAAAGAGAUAGACACGCUUGACAUGAGAGUGUGUGCCGUUUCUAAUUGUAAAGUUUAUCGGAUGUCGGCAGAAAUUAAUGGUACUCUUCUAGAUGCCGAUGCAGUCCUUAUCCAAGGUAACAGAAUGCCUACACAUUUUCCAACUCGUAGAGACUCUAAUCAAGUAUUCGUGUUUUUAAAUAACGAGCCUCCUUUGUAUAUACAAAUGACUAAUCUUUCCAGUGCUAUUUUCGUGAACUAUUUUAACUGGACUAUGACAUACAGAACAGAUUCGGAUAUACCAUUUCCAUAUGGUGCAAUUUUGUCAAAUGAUGAGCAAAAUUAUACUGAUUAUCUGAAUAACGUAGGACGAGAAAGGAGAAAUAAGCUUCAUAAAAAGAAAGACUUAGACAAGGAUUACUCGGCUAUAUAUAAACACAAGGAUAAAGGUGUAUUAUGGAUUGUAAGUCACUGCUCAACAAAGUCUAAAAGAGAAAAGUAUGUUGAUAAGAUGAGAGAACAUAUUAAAGUAGAUCAGUUUGGAGGUUGUAAUGACAACGAGAUCGGACAGAAAAUGUAUCGUACUGCUGAAAUGUGGACACGUUACAAGUUUUACCUUGCUUUUGAAAAUACGUAUUGUAUUGAUUAUUUAACAGAAAAAGUGUAUAACUGGUUUGACCUAGACAUCAUACUUGUGGUUCGAGGUGGGUGUGAUUAUACCAAAUUUCUGCCCAAUGGUACUUAUGUAAACGCAAACAAUUUUGAAAACGCAGCAGCAUUAUCAAAUUAUCUGAAUGAGUUAGGUGCGAAUAAGACUGAGUAUAUCAACUUCUUGAAACGUAAAGAUACCUAUCGGGUAUAUAAAGAGCAGGAAAUGGUACAGUCAUCAUUUUGUAACUUGUGUGAAAAACUGAAUAAUGUUAACGACAACAUAAAGUCCGUGGAAAAUAUUUACAAGUGGUGGCAGCAGGACGCGUGUUGGAGGAUUAGAAAAAAUAAAUUUUGAAUUAAUUUAUAAUGAAUAUUCUUUUUUUACAUUCCAUUUCAACAUUCUUAUCAGUUAAU